GGGGCGCGGCAAUUUCAACUCCCAGUUGUUGAGAGUUGUUUCUCUCUGGCGAGUGCUGGUGUGUUUUUGUGUGACGACACCUACUUAGUGGAUGCCAAGGAUUCUACACAACUUAUACAUUCCCUGGUGGCAGCCGUGGAAGGUGUGGAUUCUGCCAGUGGACUCCCGGGCGACAUAAUAUCGAAUGGAAACAAUCAGGACAGGCCAGCCAUGUUGACCUGUCGCGGCCCCCAGACAGAGGAUCGGAAGGCAGGUCACCAGCCAGUCUGCUUACACAGCCUUCACCCCGCAGUACCACGACCAUAGCACCGCAGAGGACGCUGCUCAACGUGCCAACGGGGCGGCGGUCUGAAAACAGGAGGGCGUCACCUGUCCACCCACGCCGGUCACUACUCUGACCGCUACAAGGGAGGAGGAGUCAAGAGAAGGGUGACAGCAUUAUAUUGCAGGGUAGAAGAGCAGAUUCGUGAAGCCCAAUGUUCGGCGUGAUUCUGAGCUCCUUGGUGUGUGGCUUGGUGCCCUACUUGGUGAUCCGUGCCCUGUGGUGCCACUUUUACCCCAAGAGGCAUCACCUGCAAGGCAAACACGUCCUGGUGACAGGUGGGUCAAGUGGGAUUGGGCUGAGUGUGGCGCGUCAGGUGGCGCUGCUCGGAGCCAAGGUGACGCUAGUGGCCAGGAAUGUGGAGAGACUGCAGAAGGCCAAGGAGGAAGUGGAGAGUGCCUGCACCAAGCUGGAGGGUGACAGCAGCAGCAGGGUGCAGAUCUUCUCAGUGGACCUGGCAGGGAGGCGAGAAAACAUUGACACAGCCAUCAAGGAGGCUGAGGCAAGUCAGGGACCAGUGUACAUGUUGGUCAACUGUGCGGGCUUUUCCAGGGCUCAGGUGUUUGAGGACAUCCCACAGAGCCUUGUUAAGGAGCUGAUUGAUGUGAACUUAAUGGGGUCGUUCACAGUAACACAGGAGGUGGUGAGGGGCAUGAAGCAGCGGGGUGAGGGAGGUGUUGUGGUGUUCACCUCAUCCCAAGGGGGGCUGGUAGGCCUGUAUGGAUUCACGGCUUAUUCUGCUGCCAAGGGUGCUGUGGUCAAGCUGGCUGAGGCCCUGCACAUGGAGUUAAAGCCACAUGGGAUAACAGUGACAGUGUGUUACCCACCUGACACUCAGACACCGGGCUUUGAGGAGGAGAACAAGACCAAGCCUGUGGAGACGCGGCUUAUCUCAGAGGCUGCAGGACUCUUCACAUCUGAUCAGGUUGCCAAGAAGCUGGUGGAUGACGCUCUUCAAGGAAACUUCAUCAGCACAGUAGGAUUUGAGGGCUUCAUGCUGACCACUCUGUGUGCCGGUAUGGGUCCCGUCACCGACUCCCUCUCACUUUUGUCACAGAUGUUCCUGACUGGUCUUUUCCGCCUCAUCUCGGCAUUCUACCUGUGGAGCUUCUCAAACAUUGUGCGGAGGGAGCAUGAGAAGAAGAUCACAGCCGGCAGCAGGACCAAGGUGUUCCCAGGUGUUUUUUGGACUCAGGCAUGCAGACAAGAGUAGCAGGAGGAAGAAGAAAGGAGAAAUGGAGAAGGAAGAAGAAAGAAGAAACGGAAGAAAAGCCACGCAGACCACUCCGCGCUCCUCGAGACGCCCGUAUCCCAACGCGGAGCGACAAGCUGCCGCACCCACACGUGCCGGGAGCAGCUGCCAGCCGGCCGCCCAACCCCAACCCAUUCCGCGGGGUGGGGGUGGGCUAGGGGAAGGGUUAAGGGGGAGGGGUGUCACCAAACAAGCCAAACACAAAUAGCCUGUAACCAGUAGUAUAUAUAUAUAUAUAUAUAUAUAUAUAUAUAUAUAUAUAUAUAUAUAUAUAUAUAUAUAUAUAUAUAUAUAUAUAUAUAUAUAUAUAUAUAUAUAUAUAUAUAUAUAUAUAUAUAUAUAUAUAUAUAUAUAUAUAUAUAUAUAUAUAUAUAUAUAUGAUACGGCAUAACAAGAAUCACGUCACCGUAACGUAACCAUGCGUCCCCAGAACAGAACCACCACACACGUGUUGUACAGUGAGUAUUCAUCACCAUAUAUGCAUAAUUUAGCAGAUCCAUGAGGAGCUGCCACUGGUAAGAUUAACCUUGUGUUUUUAUAUAACGAAGAUUUCAGGGAGUAUUUAUUUUCACCUACUUGUUGAAACUGUUUAAAGGUUUUGGGGUCUUGAAAGUAAAGAAUUGAAAAGGGAAUCCUUAUUUUCAAUGAAUUACUAUGGUGAAAUGAUUCAUUAACAUUAAUUAUAUGUUCCAAGAUGUAUACCACCCAGCUAGCCAGUCAGCCAGCUAGCCAUCAACCCGAUGCUCUGUUCCUGUCUCUUGGCGUGCUUGGGGAGCGUGCCAGACUGCAAAGAUAAGGACAGAAUGUGAUAAAUAAUAAUGAUAAAACUCUGGGUCAUAACCUACCACAUUUAAAUAACAUCAGUCCCCUUCCAUUACUACUACUUCCAUUACUACUACUAUUACUACUACUACUACUACUUUUCAUUCUGGAAAGAAUAGCAAUAACAGUUAACAUGGAUAAGGAAAAAUCUAUUUACAGAUAACUUUUGCAUCUUCCUGGCGUCUACAGUCCGUGAAGUGUGAGGGCGUGGUGAGGGGCGUGGUGAGGGCAACCAUCGCCCCGCUGCGCCCCGGCAUGGAUCCUCCCAAGCCCUUCCUUUGAGUUGAUGAAGGCUUGGACUGUGGGGUGUUUUGAGGAUGUUUGCUUGUGUUUGUAGCGGAAACGUGUGUUGAGGCUGGUCUGUUAAGUGGAAAUGUGUGCUUUUUGGGGUAUUAUUAUUAUUAUAUAUAUAUUUUUUUUUGUACUGUUUGUUUUUGGGUAUGGAAGUGGUGUCUUUUUCUGGGAGUCUAGAGUGUCUGGGAUGUUCAUGGUGUCUUUUUUAGAAAUGUGUGUUUUCUGUUUUUUUUUUUUUUUUUUUUUUGAGGGGGGAGGGAAUAGUUUUGAGUGUGCGAUGUUUUUGGUGUUUUUCGAGGUAGAAAUGUGUGUGUAUGUGUUUUUUUUUGGUAUAUUUCUGUUUUUUUUUUUUUUUUCUUUUUGGUGGGGGUGUUUGGGAUGCGUUUUAGUGUUGUAAGUGGUAGAGAUAUAUAUUUUCUGUAUAUUUGUGGGUGUUUUGAUGCUUUUAAUGUUUUUUUUUUUCUUUUUGUAAUAGAAAUGCGUGUUUUCUGGUGUAUUUAUGGCUGCAUUUGGUGUUUGGGAUGUUUUUUGAUAUUUGGGGAGUUAUGGGACGUAGUGUUUUUAAUUAGUUCAUUCCUUUUCAUUAUUUAUGGUCCAUAGUGGUGGUGGUGGUGGUGGUGGUGGUAGGAGGAGGAGGAGGAGGAGGAGGAGGUAUAUUCUAGUAGUAAUAUUAGAAGGAAGUUUAAUGUGGUAAUAGUAUUAUUAUUAUUAUUAUUAUUAUUAUUAUUAUUAUUAUUGGUGGUGGUGGUAGUGGUGGUGGUGGUAGGAAGAGGCAUAUUGUACGUAGUUGUGAUAUUAGUAGGAGUAGUAGUAGUAGGAGUAGUAGUAGUAGUAGUAGUAGUAGUAAUACUAGUAGGAAUAUUUUCACUAUUGGCUCUGAAGUAGCAAUGUUUGGUGUGUUUAUCUCGGACUGGUGUUCUGACCAAGUAAGGAUUGUCGUCUUUAUUUUGUGCUUUAUUAUCCUUUUUUCCAGCUUUUAUUGUGCUUCUGAAGAGAAAUAAAGUGUUCCUUUGUA